UAUGUUUCACCCACAGAAAAUCAAAUAAAAUAUGAUAUCAACAGACCUCCCCCUUCACAAGAGCAAAGCUUAGGAAACACACAAGAACACCCAGAAGAAUCAAGAUCAGCAAAUUUAGAUCAGAAAACCCAACUUUUAAAGGAGAAUGAUAUCAAAAUUAAACAACAAGCAAAAAGCUCAGUAAAAGACCAGCAGUAUGAUAUCCCUUCAAUAACACAGUCCAAAUGGACUGAAAAGCAACAGAUCACAGGAAACGACAAACCAAAGCUCAGUCGUUCACCGAGAGAUGCAACUCUGAAACCAAAAGAUACUGCAAAUGCUACAUUCCAUCAAGAUACAAAGAAUAUUGAAGCAUCAGAGCAAAGUACGACAAACAGUGAUGUUCAGUUGAGGGAUAAGAAAGUUGAAGAGCAAGUGAGGAACACAGAGAAAGUGAAAAGAUUGAGAAAGACAGAAAACAUUACUGACGACAUAGGUUGUUUAAGAAAGUCCCCGUUGAAAACUGAGGAUAUGUCACUGACAGCAAAACAACCUGCAGUCACUACUGACUCAACCAACAGAGCAAAGACUGAUGAAGUUUUAAAGACACCCAUUUCUAAUGCAAGUGUGACAAAGCACAUCCUCAACACCAAGGCAAAUGAAACUACAGGUUCUGAGCAGACAAUAUCCCAAGAGAAUGAAAAAUCUCAACAGGAGGACAGUGGAGACAACAAGUCAGAUAAGCUUCUGCUUCAAAACACAACCCAAAACUAUGGUGCAAAACAAGAUGAUUGUGCUUCAUUUUUGCAAAACGAAUCAGUCUCAGCCAAAGAUGCCCAUAUUCUGCAAAACAGUGUUACGGGAGAUUUUGUGGAGAAAAAUCCACAGCCAAACCAGGGGAAAGCUGGGUUUACCACGCAUAAUGAAAGUACAAACAUGAUCAAGAUGGUUUCAAAAGAUGGCGCUGCCACACAUGUUAAUACUUAUUGGGGUAAAGUUAAUAGUGUUGGUGAGGAUGUGUGUUCUGUUGUUAAUUACAAACAUGGCUCUUUUGAAGUUCCAAAAUUUCACUCGAAGGACAUAAAAGUGUCUAAAGAGGAAAAGUCAUCAAAACAAGAUGUCAUGGUAGACCACAAAACCCAACAAGAAGUGACACAGAAAGAAUGUUUUAGGGAAACUGUUGGGACAGAAAACAUAACUGAUAAAAACAAGCAAACAAAUUCACCCAUGAAGAGCCCUCAAAAUAAACCAGAAACCAUAGAUGAUCUGAAAGCAACUGGUGAAAUGAUGCCCAAACAAAAAGACUACACCGAAAAAGAAAUCACACCACCUAAGAAAGAACGCCCCGAGCGAGUGCCAACUUCUCUAAGACAGGAAACGGUACAGACACAAGCCAGUGACAAAAGAAAAGAGGACUCUGCUAUGUUAGGUCCAAGUGGACAUUUAUAUAAUGAAGAUGGUAAUUUGAAGGUUAAAGAAAACAAAAGCAGCAUCACUGGAAAGAAAGAGAGAAAUGAUGAGCAUUUGGAGAUACAACAGGCUGAUCGUACUUCGACAAACCAGCAGUCAGAGAGAACGUUUUUGAAACAAAUUGAAGUUGAAGAAAAAGGAAUUGCUAGUCAGCAGGGCAUAAAGAGAGAGGUUACGUUCUCCAAACCAGAGGUUCCACAAAGGGCCAAGAAGGCAAAUAGACCAGAGAUAUCAGCUAUAGCAGACUAUGCCAGACUGAAGGUUAUCUCUGCUGAAGAUGACACAAAGGAGAUUGAUUUUCUUUCCAAAAUAAAUAUAUAUCACAGUGAGGGCCAGACAGUUACAGAACUUCACAAAAAUGCACAUGGAAAUGAGUCUUUGUUGGUUGGAGAAUCUAAAAGAGAGAAAGCUCCAAAUCCCAAACCAAAACCUUUGCAAUUUCCAGAAAGGGACGAUGAAACAUUACAAACGCAACAUCACUUCAAUCCUAGCUUGAGUACCGCUCAAACCCGCACAACACCGACAGCAUCAGCUUCAGAGAUUGGAGCAUCAGGAUUAGGGGGCACACGAGAAAGGCUUUCAACAAGUCAUAAGGAAUCAAACACUAAACCAGUUAUCCCAGAACAAACAAACAAGGAAGUACAUCACAACCUCUACCAGUCCAAGAAUCUCCAGGACACAGACAUUGUACCAUUGCAAACAGAGGACAGAUCAAGACAAGGUCAUGGAAAAGCAACUCAAAAAGAAAAUUCUGAAAGACAAAAAUCUCUAGCAAACUUGAAACUUAAAGAUGUUCCUGCCACAGUAAAACCAGAGGAAAAUCCGAUUAAUAUGACAUCACCAGCUGUGGAGGAAACAGAAGAACUACAAUAUUACACUGUAAAUGCCCUUGAUAGUUAUACAAAACCAAAACAAACACCCCAACCACCUUCUCCAAGUCGCACGAUAACUUCAAACAAAGACUUGGCUUAUAAAUUUCAAGGCGAGGAAAAGGAAGAAAGUUCAUUUUUACAGAGUCUAACAGACUACGGUAAAGUUAACAUGACAGGACAACAAUCUAACUCUUCUUCUCCAGCCAUGGGAAAGCCCACCAUGUUCAAAGUAAAGGAUAACACGAUCAGAACCUCUUCCGUGACCAAAGCGGUCAAGCCACGCUUUCACAGGUCCUUCUCAGAUGACUUUAGAAUGGGCUCCCCGAGGGAACACCUGAGUGGUUCUGAAAAAGGAGACGAGGAGCAUAAUGAGCAAAAAGAACCCGCUAACCCUCCAGGCUUACAUGAACCGGCCGCUGCCUCCCAUUGGGUUCAUAAAAUGAGAGAGACACAAAACAACUCGCCCUCAGUGGAACACACAGCAAAACAAUCAAAGAGCCAUCAGAGAAGAAGCCAAAAUCUGGAUGAUGAAGAUACACGGUCGGUCAUCAGUGUGAUGUUAGAAGAUGCAGAAAACUGUACAGCAGAUGCAGCAGAUGUACGUGUGGCUUACAUACCCAAGAUUGACAGUUAUAGAGACACAUACCAAAGACCAGCAUCCGUCUCCUAUGAAAGACCAGAGUCAUCAUGCUAUGAAAGGCCCGAGUCGGCAUGUAGUGACAUGAGACCUUUGGGUAAGCCCCCAACGGUGCCUCCCAAAACUGAAAAAGCUCUUCGACGAGCGCAAAGGCUUACAACGAGGCGCAUGAAAAAGACAGAGAACAAGAUGACACCUGAAACAGAUCAGAUUAGAAAUGUAUCCAGCAUCCCCUCAUCACCUUCAGAAAUACAGUCAACGCAUCCAACAACACAAACCACACCGACACUUUCUCGGUACGGCACUGAGCCAAAUUUCACGACCCCCACGCACAGUGUGGUGGCCCAACCUUUCACAAUGACACAGAGAAAGCUUCUGCAAGAUCCAAACUCCGGGCAGUACUUUAUGGUGGACAUGCCAUUACCGGUUAAAACGAAGACAUUUUAUGAUCCAGAGACAGGUAAAUACGUUCAGCUUAACGUUCGUCAAAGAUCCCAGAGCGCCCACUCGCAGCCAACACCAGUGGAGGUGUUGAACGGUCCGUACAUGCUGUAUCCUGGAUUUCUACCUAUGGCUGCCUCUUCAUCACCGUCAGUGAGGUCAUCGUCUCAGCUGUCAGGACCGGCAACACUUACCAAUGACAGAGGUACUGAUCAAUGGAAACAGCAAAGAGACCCUGAAUCUGCAUACAGGUCUUCCGAGCAAGUUAGCGAUCCAUCUAGGAAUGUGCAAAACAGAAAUAGUGUACGACACACUGAUAUUAUUACUAUGAGUGAAUUAGAAGACUUUGCGAUGGAAAAUACAUGACAGCAGUUUAAUGUUUGGCGUAGACACCCAAGGUUUGUACACAACUGUAUAUCUAAGCUAAGUAAAUGUGACAUAAGUUCUCAAGUGUUUUGAUUUGUAUGUUAAGCUUGCUGUUGAACUGUUUUUAGCUGGAAGAGCGGGGCUAUUUAUUAAGAGAAAAGUCAAGGAAAGUACUGUGAAGCAUUCCAUUUAAUUAUGUUACGUUGAAAAUAAUAUUGCAGUGUACUUGUGUAUGAUACACUAAAGACCAUGUCCUCAGAACACAUGGUAAACUGUUAACAAAGCGACUUAGAUAUUUUACUGUUAAAGGCUAAAACUUCAUUCUCAAACCCAGACAGAAAAAAUAUGCCUACAGAAUUUGUCCUCCAAUUUAAUGGCCCACAACAUGCAUGGAAAUUGUACAAUAUGAAAGUGUUUCAAGAUUAACCCUUAAAUUAUUGCCAUUUUAGGCAACUUUUCAUGUGCUUUGGCAGAUUACAUAUUAAAAAGGGUGCUCUUUGCCUUGCUUUACCUUGCUAUUGAUGUAUAAAUGUGAAACAAUGACCUUAUAAACAAAUACU